GGACCACACGUCUGAGAGGUCGUCUGGGAGAGGGCGGGAAAGAUCGACCGUCAUGACGAUCGUUAUUGUUUGAAAGGCACACCCUCCAAACUUACUUGUUCCUUUUGUUUGCAGCGAACGACGAAUAUCCAUUCUUUCACAUCAACCCCAAGCACCAAAGCGCUAAUAUCCGUAGCAGUCCCUUUUCGCUUCAAAAGCAAAAGACCAAGGCUAUCAAGAUGGGUGGCUCUGACAUGGCAGCGUUGCUAAUGGCCGAUUCCGAUUCGGACGGCUCCGACACGGAAGAAUUGAAGAAUGUGCCGGCAUCUACUUCGGCUGUUGCAGCCGCAAUCCAGCCCACCGCCAGCCCCACACCGCCUCAACAGCAGCCAAAGCAACAACAACCGGCGGCACCCGCACCAGCGCCCUCACAGCCCCCUCCUCAGAAUCAGCCUCCGCCCGCCAACAAAUCUGAAUUGUCUCAACGUUUGAAGUCACUGUACUCCCCAGCGAACCAUGCCAGCAAGAAGGCUGCCCCAGCACCGGCGCCUCCUCCGUCGCAGCCUCCUCAACAGGCGGCACCUUCUCAGUCGGCCCCUCCGCCGGCAAGGCCUCCUACUCAUGCAACUAGCACCAGUGGAAGACCUCCUCAUCAUUCGCAUCACCCAGGAGCUCCUCCUCCUACGCAGCCAUCACAAGCAUCACAAUCUUCUCAUCACAUGACGUCUCAGACCCAGAUGCAGCGGCAGAGCAGCCAAAGCAAUCGUGGUCCGCCGCCGGGGUCUUCUCGAAGUUCACACCCUCAGUCUCAACAACCUGGGUACUCGUCGAGUUCCUCGCAGCAAGCACCCCAUUAUUCCUCCCAUCACCCAUCAUCGCAGUCGUCUUCACAGCAACAACCUCCGUACUCGCAGCCUCCUUCUUCAUACGGGCGUACCAGUUCCAGUCAGCAUCGACCCUCCAGUUCCAGUGGGCGUCCUCCUUCCUCCUCGCAACAACCUUCUUCCUCUUCUCAUAGAUCAUCGAGUGGUGGUGGUGUGCCCAAUCCAGUUCCUCAUGGCUCUGUUCCUGCACCUGGCCAACGACGUGGAGGUGUCACUCAUGAUCCCUUUGAGCCAACACCACUCAGCAAAAUUCGUGACAGAGAGCAAGCUGCCAUGGCAGCCGUUGCGGCACGUGGCAGCAGCAGCGGCAGUGGGUAUCCAGGAGGGAGCGGAAGUGCUUCUGGCCACCCGGGGUCGUCGCGAAGUGGUGUCGCCGCAUCCGGUUCAUCCUCGGAACGAGAAAAAGAAAUGCGACGACAAAAGGAAAGGUUCCUCAUGUUCACUAGAGUGCUCAUGAAAUACCUCGAGACCAAAGAUCCGUCGCUGCACAGCAAAGUCAAACUAAUUAUCAAAGAGUGCGCCGAGCGAAAUAAACGAAAUGAACCCGGCUACGAAUCCGUCACAGCGAGCAUGAGGGAACGACUCAAGCAGGUUGUAGGUGAUGCUUAUUGGAAACGGGCCGAAUCGUAUCUGGCGCACUUUUUGGCGCAAAAACAAAAACAGCAAGGGACUUCGUCGUCGUCCUCCUCCUCGGCCAGACCUGGCAGUAGUAGCAGCGCUAGGCCGGGAAGCAGCGUCGACGCACAACGAAAUGCCGAAAUGAAACGGCGAGAAGAAAUGGAAAAAAGACAGCGAUUACAACAGAAACAGCAACAUGAACGGCGCAUGCACGAACAGCAACAACAAAAGCAGCAACUAGGACCUCCCACCACGUCACAACCUCCGUCAACGCAGCAGCAACCCCCGAGCGCUCCCCAGCCCACGCAACAACCACCUCCACAACAACAGGAGGCACAGCAGUCCGCGCCACCCACGGCGAAAUCUUCGCGCCCCUCCUCCCAGGGCACGGGAGGAAAAGGAGGGAAAAAGACUAGUACUGGAGGCAAGCAAGCUGGUGGAAAGACUGGCAAGAAGGCAAGGGCCAAGCCGCAGACAAGCGCUGCCGCUGGUCCCGGGCGGGGAUCCAAGUCGGGCUCAACCAUGGCGCAGUCGCCUCUGGCAGGACAGCAGUCGCCCUCGGGGCAAUCGACUCAGGGCAUGAUGACUCCCAAUCCCAUCGUCGGCGUGAUGGAUUCCUCCACUAGGCCACCCUCGCCACCUCCAGUUCGGGAAUACUCUCAGUUGAUGGAACAGGUGGAGCACUCUGUGGACUUUGAUUGGACCGCUGCGGGGCUCAUCAUGGGAAGCAACCUGCAGAAGCUGCAAUUACAAGAAGAACAAAAGAAUUUACUGUACGGUAGCACCGCCACCUACAAUAGUGCGUCUGCCAAGCAGCAACAAACGCCCACGAGUUCCAACGCUGCUCGAGGUGGUGAGGAGGGAAAGAUCCCAUUUGCGCUCCGAGGGUGGGGCAAGCGGAACGUUGUCUCGCCCCGAGUCGCUUGGUGUCGGGCGCGUCGGCGAGAACAACCAUCGGAACAAAACAAGGCCAGGUUCAAAGAAUUGUAUCCAGAUGCAAGGAUGGCCGUUCCCGCCUCUGCGUGGGUCAACGAGGAUAAGGCCGAAGAAGAUGCUGCUCUCUGUUUGCUGUCGGAGGCUACGCAAAUAUACAUCACGCAAGUCUUGCAAAAGGCUUUGGUGUGUGCCCGGCAACGGCAGAAUUUGGACGGCAUCCGACUCUGGCAUCAACAGUGCACUGCCGCCAUGGAACACGCCAAGGGCAAGAAAGACGGCGAAAACGGUGGUGGCGAUGACAAGAAAUUUGAGCCCCCGCCUCUUUCCAUCAAGUUGGGAUGCGACGUUUCUCGGCAGGCAGCAAGGACUGCCGGAAACGCUGCGUUGACGUCCAAACGGAUGGAAGAAGCUUUGGGGCGUGCCAAAACCCAGGAACUGACCCGUGUCAUCCCAUCUAAAGAAGGUUUCCAGAUGGAUGAAGCCACCUUGAUGUCCGCUUCUUCCAUGGGAGAGCUGUCUCUCCUUGCUCCGUUGGGCAAUGCUGUGGACAAAGCGGACUAUGAGGCAAAACGACAAUUCGAAGUAUAUGGAGGAAAGCACGCCAUCGAACCACCCUUUGGACGUGUACCAAAGAGAGCUAAAUUGGAAGCGUCCGAUUUCCAGCGUGGUCUAGAGCUGAAUCACUUCUUGGGUGGUCGUCAGAGCCGAAGGCACCGAGCCAAUCCUGCUGCGUUUUCUUGGAACGUGCAAGGGUAACCUGGAUAGCGCUAUUGGAUUUCAGAACAAAUGGAGAAAUUCCUUCGCUCUGCCAGCGUUGACAAUUAAAUCAUUAAAUAAGGAACAUAUGUGUUGCUUUGUAUCACGGC